AUGUCAGAGGACUCUGCAAAGCCCAAGAGACGGAUCCUGGUGUCCUAUGGCGUUGAUAUAGACGCAAUAGCAGGAUGGUUGGGUUCAUACAAGGGCGAAGACUCGACCAGUGACAUCUCUCGAGGUUACUUCGCUGGCACGCAAGGCGUGAGAAGGCUAUUGAAGCUGUUUGAAAAAUACAACAUCAAGGCGUCUUGGUUUAUUCCUGGCCAUAGUCUAGAAACAUUUCCAGAAGAAUGUGCUAUGAUCCGCGACGCCGGGCAUGAGAUAGGCUUGCACGGCUACAGCCAUGAGAAUCCCGUUGAUAUGACAUUUGAGCAGCAACGCGACGUGCUCGACCAUACCUACCGAAUGCUCACAGAUUUCUGUCAUGGAAAGACGCCCCGAGGAAUCGUGGCUCCGUGGUGGGAGGUCAGCAGAGAAGCCACCGAAUUGUUGCUUCAUUAUGGCAUUGAGUAUGACCACAGCAUGAGCCAUCAUGACUGUCAGGCAUACUAUCUCCGGACAGGAGAUAACUGGACAAAGAUCGAUUAUAACAAAACAGCCGCUGAGUGGAUGAAGCCCUUCACCACGGGCCAGGAAACGGGGCUCGUGGAGAUUCCAGCCAAUUGGUACCUGGAUGAUUUGCCUCCAAUGAUGUUCAUGACAAGCUGA